UCUGAACAGCCUGCAGCCCUGGGAGCAGGAUGGGAGUCAACAAAUGUACAUCUGGAUGGAGCAGAGCCCCAGAUGGAGAGAGGAAACCAGAAAGAGGGCCCGUGGAGAGCAGCACCAGGGCCACUGGAGCACCUUCACUGUGACCUUGGAGAGGAGCCACUGUCCCUUCAGGAGAAGGCUCAGUCUGCUCCCUGGGAUCCUGCAGUUCCCCAGGAGGGCAACACUGCAGACUGGGAAAUGGCAGCCGCACUUCUUGCAGCCGGAUCCCAGAGAAGGGAAGGUCGAGUGGAGGAAGGAGGCUGUGGUACAGUCUGCGAGAAAGGAUGAGGAGGGACUGGUAACCAUCAGGGAUGUGUCGUUGUGCUUCUCCCAGGAGGAGUGGCGGAGCCUGGAUCCCUCGCAGACAGACUUUUAUGGAGAAUAUGUCAUGCAGGAAAACUGUGGGAUUGUCGUCUCUCUGAGGUUUCCGAUUCCCAAACUGGACAUGCUUUCUCAACUAGAGGGAGGAGAAGAACAGUGGGUACCUGACCCCCAGGACUUAGAAGGGAGAGAUAUCCUAAAGGUCACAUAUACAGGAAAUGGAAGCGAACAUGAAGGUGACACUCCUGAACUAGAGGCUGAACCUCCCAGGAUGUUAUCCAGUGUAUCUGAAGAUACUGUUCCCUGGAAUCCAGGGCAGGCUCGGAGCUGGGAGUCCAUGCCUAGGGGCCCGAGAGACAUGCUCCUCAGCCCACCCUUUCUUCGGGAAGGCAGCUUCUCAAGCUUUCUAGGUAGUGGUGGCAUGGAGUCUCUCUUAAAACCCCAUACAUGCCCUCAGUGUGGGAAACAGUUUGUGUGGGGCUCCCAUCUCGCCAGGCAUCAGCAAACCCACACUGGGGAGAGGCCCUACAGCUGCCUUAAGUGUGACAAAAGCUUCGGGCGAAGGCAUCACCUGAUUAGGCACCAGAAAACCCAUCUACGCGACAAGCCAAGCAGAUGUUCUGAGUGUGGCAAGAAUUUUCGAUGCAACUCCCAUCUGGCCAGCCACCAGAGAGUACAUGCGGAGGGCAAGUCCUACAAGGGCCAAGAGAUCGGAGAGAGUCCCGGGGCCAGGAAACAGCAGCUUGCCCCACCGGUGCCAAAGUGUCAUGUGUGCACUGAAUGCGGGAAGAGCUUUGGCCGAAGGCACCACCUCGUGAGACACUGGCUGACCCACACUGGGGAGAAGCCCUUCCAUUGCCCUCGCUGUGAGAAGAGCUUUGGCCGCAAGCACCACCUGGACAGGCACCUGCUGACCCACCAGGGACAGAGUCCUGGGAGCAGCUGGGACAGAGGGACAUCUGCCUUUUGAAAUCUGUCUCUUCUGUUGCUAUGGUCAAACCUCUCAGCCAUACUAUCAGCAGCCACUGCCAGAGCUUCCCCUCUCCUGUACCUGAUGGCCAGAGCAUUUCUUACCAGUUCGUACGAAAACGGAGUUCUUUGGGCAAAAUUUUGGGAAACAGUACAAAAUCUGUGAUUAUUCAGCUUGAACCAACUGUCAAGAAAACAGUGGAACCAGUAGUGAUGGGUGAGGUUCAUGCUUAUUAGUUGGAGUCUAUGUUGAAGUCAAUAUUUAUACAUCACCCUUGUAUGCUGAUUAUAUCCCCUCUUCAAAGAGAAGGAAAGUGAA